CCUUAAAGCCGCCGGGCCGCCUUCCUUCCCCUGACAAGAUGGCGGCGGCCGCACGUUGGGCCGCGCUGGGCCUGGCGCUAUGGCUGUGCGCUGCGACCCGCGCCGAGGAACCGGAGGGGAAGCGACGGGCGGGGCCGGCCAAGAAGAAGGACAUUCGGGACUACAACGACGCGGACAUGGCCCGGCUGCUGGAGCAGUGGGAGAAAGAUGAUGACAUUGAGGAGGGGGAUCUUCCUGAACACAAGAGGCCUCCAGCACCAAUAGAUUUCUCAAAAAUUGAUCCGGGCAAACCUGAAAGUAUCCUGAAACUGACGAAAAAAGGGAAGACUUUGAUGAUGUUUGUCACAGUGUCAGGAAAUCCCACGGAAAAAGAGACAGAAGAAAUUACGAGCUUGUGGCAGGGCAGUCUCUUCAAUGCAAACUAUGAUGUACAAAGGUUUAUUGUUGGCUCAAAUCGCGCAAUCUUUAUGCUACGUGAUGGCGGCUACGCCUGGGAGAUCAAAGACUUCCUGAUAAGUCAAGAAAGGUGUGCAGAUGUUACACUUGAAGGCCAGGUUUAUCCGGGCAAAGGAGCAGAUGGGAGUGAGAAAGGAAAAAACAAAACAAAACCUGAGAAAGCAAAGAAGAAAAAAGAUGCAGAGAAGAAAUCUAAAAGCAGCCAGGAGGACAACCGUGCAACCAAACAGAGAGAAGAACUAUGACAGAUGCAUGAACCAGACUGAAUAGUACUCUGCUGUUCCUUGAAGGGAAACUUAACUUUCUUUACAAUUUCUGGCUUUAUAGAGGAGAAGGAAGGAAGCAGAUGUUACUGAGGUUUAAAAGACUUCUGAGUUGAAAUACGCCCGUUUCCUUAUUAAUGUUGGCUGUUUGUUUAGUUACAGAAACGGUAAUGUUUAAUACCAGCAAUUGACUACUGUAGUUUGUAAUUCUUUAUGCUUUUGUUGUUGUUCAAAGUUAACAUACAAACCUAUGUCUGAAGUCAUGAACUUAAAGUGGCGAGGAAAGAAUAGAGUCUCGGAAUACACCAGUGUUAAUCUGUAGUAGCUGCUGUUCUUCUUGGGUAUGCAAGUUGGUCGUUGAUUCCUUGUUGCGGAGCUUCUUGCUAAAAGACAAUUUAAAAAGCCAGUUUGCUUCUCAGUUUGCAAAACGACUUUAGUUGCAAAGAACAAUGUUACAGCAGCCAAAGAUGCCUGAAAUGGCCUAGUUUAGGAUUGGUUUGGUUAGGCUGCUUUUCUGUAAACAAAAACUCUUCUGUUCAUCACUGAAAAUCCACAGAAUUGCUUUCUAGAAGCUAGGCAGACACUCAGCUAAUGCACUCCAAACCAGUACAGAGAAGAGAUUCUGUACCCAUCAGAUGUGAUGCAGUUGAGUGUGAGGAAGCUACAAAGCCAACGUGGACAGCAUUAGAGUGAAAAGAAAAGAUGCAUUCAUGGCAUUCAGGUUACUACUGCUGCCAAAGAACUGUGCCUCUGGAUGCAGAUGUUAUGUGUGCCCCAUUAUGUAGACAGUGAGCUAGAAGAUAAAGCUUUAACUCUGGAAUUCAUUUGUUUUGCUGAUGGUUUGCUUGAAUCUUUGUAAAAGCAUUAGUUACAGUGCAGAGUUAAGCUUUGAGGUUGACAUAUCUCUUAUGGAUGUUUAAUAACCAGAUUUUUAUUUUAUUUUCUUUUUUGUAAAUUCCUAAGCAUGCCAUGGUUGAUUGUAAAUGAAAAUUGGUUUAAAUAAUAUGAACUUUGAUGUAUGGGAGCAGGUCUGAUUUCUUCUUGAAAGCCUUUGUGUGGCCAGGAAGGUUAUAUUAUAAUUCCAGCAGUUCUCAGUCAAACGCAUGGCUUAGCUGCUCUUUCCUUUUCCUCUUUUUUGUUAUUUAGGACUAAAUGCACCCAGUAUUUAUGGUCCACAUCAUUUUCCAGAGGAUGAGAACAGUAUUAACUGUCUCCAUUCAAUAGUACCAAGUUAAUACUACUUUCACUCUUUUUACAAGGUGCUAAAAUCCAAGUGGGUGAAAGGUCCUAACUUGAACCAUAAUGGUUACUCUUGUGGAAUAUUUCAAUAUCAGAAGACAGAAGCUGACUUACUGAGUGCUUGUUCCAAAAUAAAAAGAUAUCACUAAACUUAUUGCUUCACUGUAAAAUGUUUUAAAUAAUGACGCAUUUAGUUAGAUGUUCGGGGAGGGGAACUAACCUGUCUUUGGUUUCUUUAGUUACUCAUAAAGACUAAUAGAUACUAAUGAAAAUUCCAGGCAAUCAUUUUUUCUUACUUCCAGUGAUAGUGUAUGAAUUGAAGAGACCUUUCCUGCCACACUUCACUGAACGGUUGUCUGAGUGCAAAAAUGAAAAUCACGUUUUGCUUUUGUAUUGCACUGUUAAUCCAGAAAUAUACAGGACUUGAGGUGGGUCUCUGGCAACUUUGAUAUUGCACUUCAGAGAGAUGUGCAGCCUGUUUUUUGUUCAUAACAUAACUUACCACAUUGUAACACUUCCAGGUACCUCCCUAGUUUUGCUUAACAAUUUAGCUUCCAAGCAGAUGAGCAUAUAUGAAAUGAACAUGUAAAUAUGAAAAGUUGCUGUCUUUUUUUCUUCCCUUUUUAUAACAAUUGUGGUAUGAAGAUGACUGUAUAGGAACUGUUGAAUCACAGUCUGAACCACUGAUUGAUCACCUGAGGCAAGCACAGAGUCAGCUGUGGGAGCACAGGUGAAGGCAAUUCAGCUUUGUGACAGGAAGGGUGGAGCCUGGCUAUUCCUCUCCUAGACCCCAUUUAAGGGCUGACUGCCACUGAGGAAGGAUCUCUUGGAGAUCGCUCCCUUGGGAGUUUUCCUGUCAGCCUAGGACACAGGUGAGCAUUUUCAUUUAUUUUAAGUUAUUCCUUUCCACUGUGACAAUCCUUCUAGUUGUGUGAUCUGUAGGUACCAGCCUAAUCACGCCACUCUGCAUAUUUGUUGACUGUACAGUGACAAUGUCAUUUGUCAUCACAGGUGUGGGAAUGCUCUGUGCUUUCUGGCUUGAGCUUUCUUUCUUUACUGAGCUAACUAUUUAAGUAAUGCAAGAUGGUAUACAAAUAAUAGAAAAUCAAAGCUAAGGAGGAGGGUUGAUCACUACACUGUAAUUAUAGCCCAACUUCUUGAGAAUCCAUUUGCUGUAGUCGAUGGUAAAACUACGUUUACAGGAGGCUGGGUCUCUUCCUUUUGUGGUGGAUACAGUGGGGCAGCUUUGAAGUUCAGCCCACCUGUUCGCCAUCCUUGGCAGUGUUCAAGAGGCGUCUGGAUGGGGAGCUAGAAGAUAUGGUUUAGUGGUUUCUGUAGGUAUGAUAAAGGGAGGACAGUUGGACUUGAUCUUGUAGGUCCCUUCUAUGAUUCUAUGACCAACUGUUUGUUUCUGAGUACUUUGCAUUAAUUUGCAUAUGCCAAAUGAAGUCAUGUUUUGUGCCACUUUUUAUAAUUAAAAAAUAAUGACUUGUUUC